AUGGCUCUUUGGACCGGCUUUCCCGCCGGCACAGGACUGAAGCUGAAGGAGGACGCACCCCUGGUGCCUCGGAAGCCGCUCAAAUGUAAAGCAAAGAGCCAUGAUUUCGAGCGGAAGCUUUCGUGCAGGUUCAUCGUUCCCAAAGAGAUCCUGGAGUCGAUUGACUCCCUGCCCAAGAGCCAAUCUGUUCUAUUAACGAUGCCCUAUGAGAUUCUUCUCGUCAUAUACGACAGUCUUGAGCAUGCUCCAUCGCAAGUUGCUCUUGCUUUAUCCUGUAAACGCAUGGCCGUUGUGGCACGAGACGUACAGCUAUUUCUCUCACCCACUUCGCCAAAAUACGCGGGGUUUCUCCCCAGGACUGUCUUUGAUGUCCCGGAGCUCAUGACACAGUUGAAGCCUUGGAUGCCGGCUGACUUGCGUCUAUGCAACCACUGCCUCACCAAUAGACCUCGCCGCGAGGAGUAUUGGGAAACUAUCGUUGGCUGCGAGAUCAGCAACUUCUGGAUCCAAAAGACCGGUUGGAACUUUCACAACGCGAGCUGGCACAAGCAAGUGCACGACAUCUGUCCCGCAUGUCAUGCCUCUUGUACCCUGAGCGACUACGUCGAUUGCGAUGGUUGUCGAGCCCUCGGACGCCUGGGCGACGUGGACUGGACCAGAGUGUCCGACUCCUGGAGAAGGAGGACAGAAGAGGAACUUCGAGCUGGAAGAUUCGCAACUGGACCUGGAUGA